AUGACGAUAAAGUGUACAGGCUUGUGUGUGUUUGAUGACGAUAAUGAUGGUGACGAUGACAAGAAUGUUGAUGACAAUGAUGAUGAUGAUGGUGAUUAUGAUUAUGAUGGUGGUGGUGAUGAUGAUGAUGAUGAUUAUGCUGGUGUCAAUGCUGAUGAUGCAUAUGUUAAGAAUGUUGGUGAUACUGAUGUUCACGACGAGGCAGUAGUGUUGUUGAUGAUGACAGUGAUGGGAUUCUCUAGUGAAAUGACGGUAAUCGAUUGA